AUGGACACUCUAUCGCCGAUGGACAUCCUCCGGGACUCCACCCCCAUGGAUGUCCCCCAGCUCACCAUCUCGCCGGCAGACACCUCGCUUGAUGCGUCGUCGCCGGCCGAGAUCAAGGAAGAGACCACAGAUGAAAAGAAGCCUGUCAAGAAAAGAAAAUCAUGGGGCCAGGAACUUCCCACCCCAAAGACCAACCUCCCUCCCAGAAAACGAGCCAAAACCGAAGAUGAAAAAGAACAGCGCCGUAUUGAACGCGUUCUCAGAAACAGAGCCGCGGCACAAACCUCCCGCGAACGAAAACGUCUCGAAGUGGAAAAACUCGAAGGCGAAAAACAAAAAAUGGAACAGCAGAAUCAGUUCUUGUUGCAGCGACUCGCGCAGAUGGAGGCGGAAAACAACCGCCUGAAUCGCCAAGUCGCGCAGCUCUCCGCUGAAAUCCGUGGUUCCCGCGGCACAACUCCCAUGACCGUGAUUGAUACCGCCUCUCCCACACUAACUCCGACGCUCUUCAAACGCGAAGGGGAAGACUUUACCAUGGACAAAAUCCCUUUUCCCACCCCCUCCAUAUCCGACUACUCCCCAAGCCUCAAGCUGGAAGAUCUGGCUGAAUCCGCCGACCUGACACAACAUCCUGCAGCGGUGUUGUGCGACCUGCAGUGUCAGUCGAAGGAUUCGAAGGGUCUUCCAGCAAUCCCCUAUUCGUCGACUUGGAGCAGCCAACAGUGGCAGCAAAUGGCGCUACUACAGCUCCUCUUUCUGACGAUGACUUCCGCCGCCUAUUCAACAGUGAUUCUUCCUCUGAGUCAGAUUCUGAAUUGCAUGAAAGCGGGCUCCCCUUUGACCUUCUCGACGGAGGAGACGUAUCGGCAUUUGCCUUUGAUUCACUGGUUGAUUUCGACCCCGACCCUGUCGUCGGCCUCGAUGACCUCGUCGACUCAUCGAUCGGUCUUUCGGAUGAGAGUGCUCACUCGACUUCUAGCAUGCAGCCCAGCCUUGGCGCGUCCACUUCGAGAUGCGACGGGCAAAGCAUUGCAGCUAGCGGUUGAAGCGCUCCCAAAGACUGUUGAGAGAGUAGAGGGGCACGAGACGAUGAUGCGGUGGGAGUCGUUGUUGACCAUGGCCUGGGCGAUUGACUCGAUACAAUCUAACCGACUGAAGGUCAAGACCCCUCGUGCACGCAAAAUGAAACGAACCGGUAUGCGGAGUUUUGGAGUUAUGGGAAUGUAUCAGAAGCCUAGAGCUUAG